GGCAGUGUUGUUAUCAUUGAUGAUUCCCCCUUGCCGGUGUCUUGUCCUAGAUUUAGUCAUUCUUAUCGAAAUCAAACAUGGCUGUGCCUCGCGUGAAACUCCCCGGUACUGAACUCGAGGUGUCCAGAGUUUGUCUCGGAUGCUGGCAAUUCAACAGCAAUAAAGACUCCGUCAACUGGGAUGCGCAACCCAUCGAACAAUCCUGUGCUAUUGUUGACAAAUGCCUAGAGAUUGGAGUGAAUUUCUUCGAUACAGCAGAGGGAUAUGGAGGGUCAGAGGAAGUUUUGGGGAGAGCCCUGAAGGGUAAAAGGGACCAAGCUGUAGUCGCUACCAAAUUCGGCUUCAGGGAGGGGCCUUCAACACCUGCCUACAGCCCUCAGCAGAUCGAUGAAGCUAUCAGCAAAAGUCUGCGUAAACUGGAGAUGAAUUACGUGGACCUUUUACAGGUACAUUUCCCCAGUUUUCUGUGUGACUAUGAUGAGUGCCUGAAGGAGCUGGACAGACAGAUAGGACUAGGAAGAAUUCGUCACUACGGUGUCUCAAACUUUGGACCCAAAAAUAUCAAAGCUUUUUCAGAUGCUGGGGCCAAAAUGGUUUCCAAUCAGAUGGGUUACAACCUGUUAUGGAGGUCAGCCGAGUUUGAUGUGAUCCCUGAGUGUAAGGCGAGAGAUAUCGGAAUCCUGGCUUACUCUCCACUCCAACAGGGAUUACUCAGUGGCAGGUUCUCAUCAGCGGCGGACGUUCCUGAGGGAAGAAAGAGAGGCAAGCUCUUCUCACCAGAAAGCUGUAAGUCUGGCAGACAUGGACAACCUGGAGCUGAACAGGAAGUUUUUGAGGCAUUGCCGAAAUUGCAGGCAAUUUGUAAAAAGGCUGGUGUUAGUAUGGCCCAGGCCUCUCUAGCAUGGGUAUUACAGCAGGAUAACUGUCCGGUGGUGAUAGUCGGAGCCAGGACUCCGGAACAGAUGGUUGAGAAUAGCCAAGUGAUUACAUUACCUGAUUCUGUAGUAAAGGAGAUGACAGAAGUCACUGAUCCUGUCAAACAGAAGAUUGGUCGCGUGCUGGAUCAAUGGGCCCACCCAGAUCGCUGUGAAUAGAUAUGAAAAUGAUCUAUUUGGUGCUUUAUUUUUGUGAAUUUGCAAAUUUGAAAAUGAAAGUAUUUCUGCUGGCUCUGAAAAAUGAAAUGUGAAUGGUUUUAUAAGUGUCUAAUUCUGAGUCAUUUUAAUGAAUAACAAAUUAAUUGUGAUUUGGAAUUUCUGUUAACAUUUGUUGAUUUUCAAACUUGAUAUAAUCAUGUAAUUAAUAUCACUUUAUGAUAUUUAUUGUUGGUCAGUACUGUAAAAAGGGAAGUUGAAUAUAUACAUGUAUAUAGGUUAAGGCAAGUCUUAAUAAACCUUUGACAUCUAUAUUAUCAACUUGUGUAUAACAAAGACAUGUAUAUUACAUAAAGAAAAUCUUACAUGAUUUUCCAUUAAGUACAUGUACAUGUUAUGAAAUUCGGAGGGAAAAUCGCUAAUUUCCUAUGAAAUUAUACCAAAUCUAAGAUUUUUUUAUCACGUAAUUACUAAGAUACAUUUUAAACAUUCCUGAAAACAGCAUUUAUCAGAUUGUUUUUAAAUCUAAAAUUGCCGUUAUCUUGCACAAUUCCUUUAUUUGAGACCAAACAGUGUCUGUGACAAUCAUGAAAUUAUGACUUAAUAAUUGAAACAAAGAUGACCUACAACCAAUGUCUAAUUAUAGUGACAUCACACAUGUUGAUGACAGUAAAUUUAAUGGUUGCUAUAUUACACUGACAACAGGGUAUAGUAGAUGUAGUUACAAGGUGAAACAAAUUAUACUAUGAAAUAAACAACUGAUCUGCGCCAAAUCAUGUUAUAAAUAAAAUUAUCUCCAAUCAAGAAUGUAAAGGUUGUAUAUAUUAUACAAUGCUUUGUCUGACAGUAAAACUUAUGUUAGAGUUUGCUAAUGGUGAAGUUUUUUGUACACUGAACAUCAUAUUCAUGAAGAAUUAUACUAGACCUGGUACAUUGCAUGUUGUUUUUACAUGUACAUACAUUGAGAUGUAUAAAUUUGUUUUUCAUUUCACUUGAAUAUUGGAUUAAGCAUUUUCACUUUUAUUUAGAAAACUACAAAACAAAGAUAUAUGUAUGUACAUAGAGAAAAAUUAGCAUCAUUUUAAAAUGUAAGAUAAUUACUCCACAUUUUUGUUUUUGAGAUUCAAGGUAUACAUACAGGGCAUACUAGUUUAGAAUUGUCAAUGAUGCUCUGAAAGCACACUGCAUUUUUGGUUUCAUGUGUGGUUGAACUCAUUAUAUAUCAGUAUGUACAAUGUUCUUCAGUCCGGGAGACUAAAACAUUAUACCUGUUGACAUGUGAGGUUGGAAUUGAUAAAAUAUAGUUCUGUAAGUCAAAACUAAGUCCUAGUCAAAACAUAUUAUAUUAACCAGAUGUACACAGUGUAUCCCCAUAUUUCAUGUAUGUAUAUGCAUGCAUAUAUACACUGCUGGGUCACGGUACAUGUUUGGAGAAUUUCUAUUACAGAGUGAUUACAAUGUAAAAAGUGUAUGGAAUUAAAAAAAUAAUCAAAAGCUAUCAAGA